CGGAUUGAGGGUGAUUGAGGCACAUAUAGAAAGAAGAGAGAGAGAAAGAGAGGGAGAGAGAGAGAGAGAGAGAGAGAGAGAGGGAGAGAGAGAAACUGAAUUCCAGCGAAUUAAUCACCGUCUGUUCCACUGUGUGUGUGUAUGUGUGAGAGAGAGAGUCAAAGGCAGUCAAAUAGAGAGAGAGAGAGAGAGAGAGAGAGAGAGAGAGAGAGAGAGCGGGAGAGAGCGAGAGAGAGAGAGAGGAGGGGGAGUGGAGCCUGACGCAGUGUGAGAGGCAGAAACUGAGAGGAGAGAGACGGAGAACGAGGGAGACAGCGGCGAGGAGGCAGCACAUCACAUCACGCGCCGUUUUGCAUCCCAAAAAAAUCCUUGAGCCACACUGGCUGCUGCUGCUGCUGCGACCGCGGAGCUCUGCCCCGGCCACGGCUCCUCACCGGGACCGCAGAGGAGACACGUGCAAGCUGGGAUCAAAUCAGUGACAAAGACUUGAAGAAAAAAAAAGAAAAAAAGCCCGAACAUCAACAACACAGCCACACAUACUGCCAGAGUCAACGAGCGGACCCGUUUUGCUGGGGAGACCUGAGAGGCGAAACGGCGUCUUCUUCCACGUUGGCAUCUGGAACAGUGAUGUGAAAAGCGUGGCGAGACUCAGCUGGCUCGGAGAGGUCCUCUGUCUGCAAAGGGACGAGUUCUCACACCAAGUACAGAGCAGCGAGCAAUGAGGAAGAAAGAAAAGAGGUGCUUGUCCAAUCAGAGAUGCAGAUGGCCACAGAAGACAUGAGUACAAGCCAAUCUGGCACUAGGACGACUUCCACUUGCCAAUUUAUACAUAACAAAUCAAAUGUGACCCCCUAAUUAAACAAUUGAUACAGUUUACCUAGACACGCAUACUGCCAAUGAAGUGAUGCAUCCCAUUCCUGCACUCGUUUCUGCUUUGAUAAAUCCUUAAUUCCUAACACAAGUUCAACUUCAAUUUUCUGUACAAUUACAAAACAAGCUAAGAAGAAACAGCAUUUGAUCAUGCUGUGAGCAUACCUCAAGCAGCAAAGACACAAAUACGACAAAAAAGUCAACACCAGGUCACCAUACACUUAAAUAUUACUCUAUAAACCAGCCCUCACUCCCUUUCAAAUGGCACUAGCCUACACGAAUAAACGUUAGAUGGCAAGCAUCUCUGGUCGGCUUUCUCCAAUGGAUAUUGUGACGACAUCCCAAAUGGCCCAGAGGACAGGACAGGGACGGCAGAGACAAAACGCGACUGGAGGUUCUUCAUCAGUGGUCCUGUCCACAGCCAGCUCCUUCCUCUGUUGGCUCGUCCUGCUGUCAAUAAUGCGGUUGCCAAUGGUAACGGCUGACUGCUGGCUUAUUGAAGGGGAGAAAGGCUUUGUGUGGCUGGCUAUCUGCAGUAUGAACCAGCCGCCUUACGAGGCCAUCCCCUCCCACAUUAACAGCACUAUUGUGGACCUGAGGCUGAACGAAAACAAGAUACGGUCGGUCCAUUAUUCUUCACUCAGUCGCUUUGGCAAUCUCACCUAUCUGAACCUCACCAAGAAUGAUAUCAGCUAUGUGGAAGACGGAGCGUUCUCAGCACAAUUCAACCUGCAGGUUCUCCAGAUGGGUUUUAACAAGUUGAGGAACCUGACAGAGGGGAUGCUGCGAGGCCUGGGCAAGCUGCAGUAUCUCUACCUGCAAGCCAACCUCAUCGAGACUGUUACACCCAACACCUUCUGGGAAUGCCCCAACAUAGAGAAUAUAGACCUUUCCAUGAACAGGAUCCAGGUGCUGGAUGGCAGUUUGUUCUCUGGACUCUCUAAGCUGACCACCUGUGAACUUUACACAAAUCCUUUCAACUGCUCUUGUGAGCUGCUGGGUUUCCUGCGCUGGCUCUCAGCUUUCCCCAACAGGACCAGUGAGAGGAUGGUGUGCGACUCCCCUCAAGGAUUCUUCGGCUACAACCUCUUAAGCCAGAACCCCCGUAUGCCUACCCAACGCAACGCUCUGCACGUGCUCAGUCUUGUAUGCACAGACGACAUGAAUAGUGCCACAUCCUUCUAUGUAAUGACCGAUUCCACCACCCCGCCCCCAGAUAUUGCCUCUCCAUGCGGAUUGGAUGAUUGUGCUUCUGGGACCCCUCCUGAUGACCUAAUCAGCUUAAGCACCAUUUUCUCUGAUGCCAAUCCGAUCAUGGCGCUAAAACAGGUGCUACAUUCAAGCGCCGUGAUAACGGUUCAGAUUCCUCAUCCGUAUAGGAAAAUGUACAUCCUGGUGCUUUAUAACAACAGCUUCUUCACAGAUAUCCAGACUCUGAAAAAUCAAAGAGAAGAUAUUGAACUAAAGAACUUAAAACCUAACACCGACUACACAUACUGUGUGGCUUCUAUACGAAACGCCCUGCGUUUUAACCAUACCUGUCUGACCCUCUCCACUGGCCGCCGGACCGGGGCUGAGAGGCUACCCAAUGAGUCGUCAGCCACCCACUACAUUAUGACAAUUUUAGGCUGUUUGUUUGGCAUGCUAAUCUUCCUUGGCCUAGUUGUCCACUGCCUAAGGAAGAGGAGGAUCAUGGAGGAGAAGGAGAGGAAGAUGAGCAGGAUCCAGAGGACUCUGAUAGAGCUCAAAUAUGGUGGAGAAGGGGAUAUAGAGGGAGGGAGCGGAGGAUCAGUUUCCCAGAAGCUUGCAGCCGGGGACAGUCUAUCCAGAAUGCCCUACCUUCCUCAGGGUGGUGAGAUAGAUCCAUACAAGCUGCAGGAGGUGAUAGAAACACCGCCACAUAAGCCUGCUAAACUUAACUACAUGGAGGUGAGAGGGUCCGGGAUUGAAAGGGAAAGAGAACGAGAGCGCGAAAGAGAGAUGUCGCCACAAGCAAAUCCCCAGGGCUCAGUAGCAGAGAUCUCAACCAUUGCUAAAGAAGUUGAUAAAGUUAACCAGAUCAUCAACAACUGUAUAGAUGCUCUCAAAUCUGAGUCUACCUCCUUUCAACAGGGAAUGAAAUCCCCCUCUUCUGCAGGUGGAGGUGCUGUUUCCACUGCAGAGCCACAGCUGGUGCUUCUCUCUGAGCAAGUCGAGAGAGGAGAAAGAGGAGGCGAGUUUCUCUCCCCAGUGUAUAAAGGAGGAAGAGGAGGAAGAGAAGAGAGGGGGAGAAGUUACCAUCAUUCGCUGCAGCGACACCACAGCAUGGAGGCUCCUCCAACCUCCAAAAGGCCUAGCACCUCCUCAUCUCCAGGCUCUGCCCGGAGCCCUCGCUCAUUCCGCUCGGAGGGAGGCUAUCACGCGUCAGAGACCCGCUAUAUCGAGAGGACCUCACCCGGAGAGAGAGGAGAAAGGGGAGGUGGAGGUGGGGAUGCCAUUCGUACAGUCACCCCAGCAGCAGCUAUCCUACGAGCUGAAGCCCAGAGAAUCCGCCAGUACAAUGAACACCGCCACUCUUAUCCCGGCUCCCAGCAGCACCUCCAGGAACUGCAGCACCACCCCCAGAUCCUACAGGAGCUCCAUCACCAUCCAGGCGGCCGUAAGCCCUCCAUGUUGGACCCCAUCACCCUCAGCAGGCAGGCCAAGCAGCGGGAGCUGGCCUACUCCCAGCUCUCGCCUCACUACCCACUGUCACCACAGUACCACAACCUCAGCUACUGCUCCAGCCCAGAGGAAGACGAGGAGGAGGAAGGGCUCCUCUGCACCCCGACCCUGGGGCUGUGGGAGAGAUUCAAACUGCACCGUAAGAGGCACCGGCAGGCGUCCAUGGAGGACGAAGGAUACGUGGCAGCCGGACACGCACUGAGGCGAAAGGUUCAGUUUGCCAAGGAUGAGGAUCUUCACGACAUACUGGACUACUGGAAGGGUGUGUCCGCCCAGCAGAAGACCUGAUCCCACAUCUGGAGACCCCAAACACUUUGAAGAUGGAAAACAACAUCACUGCACCCAUAACACAUUGAUACAGCAACACAGACUGAUACGACAACCACGACCUGUAAAUACACACAAACACACACGACUUACAGGAUCUAUAGGAUCUACAGAAUCAAACUACACACAUACAUCUACAUACAAACACACACACACACACACACACACACACACACACACACACACACACACACACACACACACACACACAGGCUCACACUUUACACAAACCAAGCCUUUGCUUCUGAGAACAUGAAGGAGGACCAAACUAAUAUAUUAUAUUGAACAACAAAAAUCAUAACUUAUAGAGAGACUGAGUUACUUUUUGUAAUGUAAUGAAAAUUAUAGCUCAGACUUAUGUAGCUAUUUGUACUAAGUUUUGAAUGAAGAAAAAAAAAAAUCAACUUUAAGAACAAAAACCUUAAAUGUUGCCGGGCAACCCAUCCUGGAAAGCCCGACUACACUUUUAAUCUGCCUUGAGAAUUUACAUUCAUCAAAACCUGACCACGGCAGAUCGACCUCACCAAUUUUCAUUACGGCAGUGGAUUAAUCGAGAUUUUGCUUUUCUGGUUGGUUUUUGUAUCGCACACUGCGAUACUACUGCGAAAAAAGACAUUCUGAAAGAUUUGCCGUCAUUUGAGAGAUUUGAAACAUAUAAUUGACAAAUUCUGGGUGGGUCGCCAGGCAACAGUAAUAUUCAACUGUGCUGAGAAUGAGUAGGUAGCUCUCACCAGAGAGUGAGUAUAAUGUGCCAAAUCAACCAAGGGGAUAGUAGAGCCCUACUGUGUACCAACUUCUCCUCGCCACUGUUUUUAUAUACAGAAUUUAAAAAACCUAGAAUGAUAUGUUAUUACUAUUAAUUAUUCUUAUUACAUUACUGGUCUUCUUAUUAUUCCUAUGCUCCUCAUCAUUAAUACUCUAUUAUUUGAAUAUGGCAUGGCUCUGUCGUGUGACUGUGUUUUGACUGUUUUGAACCUCUCAGCUGAGAAGUGCACACCAACAGAGACAAACAGUAUGAUGGACGAGACAUUUGAGUUCUUCUUUUCUACCAAGAGGAAUGUGCUCUCUGCUGAGCCAAAAACAAGGCCGUCUUUUCUCUUGGUGAACCCCUGCUACACCUGCUCCUUAUCCUCCUAACGAGGGAGCGCUGUACAGAUGAGAGAGAGAAGUUCUAUAUUUGCAACAGAGGUGACUGUUUUGUUUGUACAACAUGGUUUUGAAAUCUUUCAGACUUUUCAGAAAACCAGAAUCCCAAGUUAGUUACCUACCUGUUCACUUACAAUGGUACGUUUUUGAUUUUGAAAUCGAACUAAAAUUCUAAUCUUCAAAUGAAUGUCUUCAAUUCCCACAGGGGAAACAUAUCUGCACUGUUCAAAAUCAAAAAACGACUCUUAGGAAAAGACCUAAAACUCUCAGCUUCCUUCCCGAUACACUGUAGAUCCACUGUGUUUUAUCAACAAUUCAUUGUUUUAUUUUCUCCUCCCAUCUCCCAGGUUUUUACUUUUAAUUUUUUGGAUUCCUCUGGUUCCACUGUGGUGCCGUUGUGCCAACUUCAUAAAUCACAAAGAAGUAUUUUAAAUGAUUUUAAAUACUACUAUUUACAGACCUCUUUUCCUUCACAUUGAUACACAUCAGUUUGCCAAACAGAACAACAAUUUGCACAAAAAGAUCCACCACCAUUGGCUCACUGCUCCCCUUCUAUCCUCCAAUCAUUUCUAAGACCAAAGUACUGUGGUAGUAAAUUGACCCUAUAUGCCCCUGACCCGGCCCCGACUAUUCACCCACCAUCACCCUUACAGUUACAACUCUAGCACAUGCAUACACAACCACAACCACACACAGAUGAAUGUAUUCUUUAAGAAAUUAAUACUGUUUAGCAGCUGGAUUUUCUGUUUCGGAUGUACAAGCUGUAUUCAAACAGUGUCCUCAUCUAUAUGACAGAAAACUUUGUUCAGAUGGCCACUUGUGUUUCAGAAUUGGCGAUAAAUAAGGAAUAUUUGGCUUUUUAAAAAACAAAAUCUGACCCACUCGGGGCAGAUUCUCAUGGUCGACUUUCCUCACACGAGUUUGUGUCAACCAAAUGUUGUCCACAAGAAGCCCAAAAUUGCCACUGCAAACAUGUAUCAGUAAUAGCAAUGGGGUUUUGCCUUAUUAAAGGUUUUCAACUGAAAAAAAGUUCCUGAUAUGAUAAGUGUUAGUAAAACGAGAUUAGUAUCAGUAGCGUUGUGAAAAGAGACUACAUGUAUAUCUGCAAUAUCUGCAGGAUCUAAAUACUGGAGGCUGAAAAGAGGAGAAAAAUGUGAUAACAGAAAUACUGCUGUUUAUUCUAUACAGAACUGUGCUACUACAACUCAUUUAAGAAGACUGUAAACCAGGGUUGGAGUCAAGUACAUUUCAAUUCAGUGGAUUUUGAAUUUAACAAGCUUAACAAACAGUAUUGACAAACAAUUUGUAAUUACAAAUGCUUAUACGGACUGAAUGGCACCCGUGUCGCUUUCUGAAUUGAAACAGAACUCCUUGACUCCUUGAAACAACACUGAAAACUACAAAACAGAAAACAACAGAGCUGGCAAACUAUGAAAAGUUUAUUGGUAAAUGGAAACACUGUAUAAAAUCUUGUUUCUCUGCUAUAAUGAGUUCAGAAUGCUCAAGUCAUUAAGCCCAGUUAAAGCCAUAAUCGUGGGUUAGUGAAAUCACCACAGCUGUUUGUAGCACUGCUAAAGUAUUCAUUUGUGGGGCUAAAAGCAGGCAGUUUUUUUCUCCCCUCGUACUGCAGCAGCUAGGACAUGGUUCCUCUGCUUCUGCAGCAAACAGUUCCACUCCGAUCCAAAAAGGAAACUAAUUAACAGUGGUUGUUUCUGCAUUACACGUCCCAGAUUGUGGCUUUAACUAAACAACAGCCUUAAAACAUUCGAUUUUCUUUAAUCUUUUUGACUUUUGCAUUGCUUUGAAAAUCGAACAAUUUCCUGGUUUCUUAACUUAUACUUUCCUGACUGCAAUUUUGUAAUUGUUUGAUUCUUAAGCCUCACUUGAGCAUUCUUUGAGUAACAGUAAUAUCAAUGUAGCGAUGUAUUAAACUACUGUUUUUGUUUUUUUUCCCCCAUUCUGUUUAUGAACAAUAAUGGCCUGAAUUCAUCAUGUGUCAGAGAGUUGCAGAGCUUGUCUAGAAUCAGAAAACAACAAGCUGGCGGUUGAGGCGACCAGUCGACAGUGACCCUAAUCAGCACUGCUAUUCUUUGAAGCGUGAUGAAGAGAAACUGUGUUUUUGAAACAACAAUGCCUAGAAAGUGGAAAUAAAUAGAGGUCCUACUGACAACAGACAGAAGCGACAAUGGAGCAUGCUGCAAGGAAAUCUUCAGUGGAAGAGUGUGUUGUAUUCUUCUUGCGAAUGACUCAGGAGCCAGAGAGCAAGAGAGAGGGAGUGAGAGAGAGAGAGACAGAGAGAGAAUGUUCUGCCAUAGGAUCUCUCAGAGGCUUUCUUUCUUUCUUUUCUUGUCAAAAAAUUAAAAUGAGCACAAUAAAAUAGCCUUUCUUUCACUGUCUCCUUUCCUGGAGAAACCAUACGUAUGCCAGAAGUUUUAAACACACUCAGGACCUUCAUUUCACAUUUCAACGACGUUUGAUUGAUUACUUUGCUUGAGUGAAAAUGGGUCAGUUCACCUAAAAAUGAAGGAAAAAAAAAAAUCUUAGUUUCAGUGGGAUCUAGCCAUAGACAGUUUUGAUGUACUUUCUAAAUGUCAUGAGGUAUCUGUCUCUGUUUUUUCAGUUUUCACCUCAAUACAAUGGAGGAGAAGUCAGAUUUGUUGGUGGUACUGGUUGGAAAAUUACAUUAAAGAAAUGAAAUAGAAACUUUCCAUAGCGGUUUCACAGUAACUCUGGACAACCCAUCAAAAGCAUUUAAUAAAGUCCCUAUUACACUGGGACAUUGUUUCUUGAUUGACAAACAAUUAGACAAUAAGCCCAAGACAUGCUGGGGCUGUUGCUCUAGCAUUAGGUUUGCUCUGGUUUUAGACGGGUUUAAACCUGUGUUGCCUGGGUCACAUGAUCACUUGAACCCCAUUGCUGUGUCCUCAGAAGCUAUGUAAACUGCACCUAUGGUUAGUCUGAACCUGGCUGCUGUAUUCUGUUGAAAUCAUCUAAACUCAUGUAGAGGUCACUGUAUCUGAGGUUUAAGGUCAUAAAGUUCAAUAUAAGAACAGGUGAUAUAUCCAGCUCAGAUCACUUUAUUAAUUUACCAUGUGUGUUCUUUUGAAGGCAACACUGUAUUCAAGUGUCAAACUUAUAUACGGUAAUUGUGUAAUUACAAUUAAAAGUGUCACUUCUUCCUCAA